AUGUUCUUAAAGAAAGCUUUUAAAUCGUGUUUGUUUGGAGUUAAACAUGUCUCCAGACGAGGACAGGCGCUUCCUGCAGCCGCUGCCAGGAAGCAGCACACUGAGGCUCAGCAGCAAGGGACGCCUCGUGUCGCCUCGAUCCGACCAGAGACCUCCAGCGCCAGAACCCUGAUGGACAUCGGGACUCGUCGCAUCUUUAACGAGGACCACGAUAUCUUCAGGCAAAGCGUUCGCCGUUUCUUCCAAGAGGAAGUUGUUCCACACCACAAAGAGUGGGAAAAAGCGGGCCAGGUGAGCAGGGAGGUGUGGGAAAAGGCUGGAGAGCUAGGUCUGCUCGGGUUGAUGGUACCGGAGGAGCAUGGUGGCAUUGGAGGGGAUGUGUUUUCUGCAGCCAUCACAUGGGAAGAGCAAAUGUACACCAACUGCACGGGUCCGGGUUUUGCUUUGCACUCGGACAUAGUCAUGCCUUACAUCGUAAACUAUGGGACUAAGGAGCAGAUCGAACGCUUCGUUCCCACUAUGACUGCUGGGAAAUGCAUUGGGGCGAUCGCAAUGACUGAGCCUGGAGCCGGCAGUGACCUUCAGGGUGUGAGGACAUAUGCCAAGAAGGACGGCAGUGACUGGAUCCUGAAUGGCAACAAAGUAUUCAUCACUAACGGUUGGAUGGCCGAUGUGGUGGUGGUGGUGACCGUGACAAACCGCGAGGCAAAGGCAGCUGCACAUGGCAUCAGUCUGUUCCUUGUGGAAAAUGGCAUGAAGGGCUUCCAAAAAGGACGGAAACUUGAGAAAAUAGGCCUGAAGGCACAGGACACGGCGGAACUUUUUUUUGAGGAUGUGCGGCUUCCAGCUAGUGCUCUUCUGGGUGAACUCAACAAGGGUUUCUACUACCUGAUGAAUGAACUGCCACAGGAGCGUCUAGUGAUUGCUGACAUGGCCAUAUCCAGCUGUGAGUUCAUGUUUGAGGAGACCAGGAACUAUGUUAUGCAGAGGAAGGCUUUUGGAAAGACCAUCGCUCAUCUACAGACGGUGCAGCACAAGCUGGCUGAGCUGAAGACAGAGAUCUGCGUUGGCCGUGCCUUCAUCGAUAACUGCCUUACGCUGCUUUCCGAGAAACGCCUGGAUCCAUCCACAGCAUCUAUGGCCAAGUUCUGGGCGUCGGAUCUUCAGAACAAAGUGGCCACCCAGUGCCUGCAGCUCCAUGGAGGAUGGGGCUAUAUGUGGGAAUACCCUAUUGCUAAGGCGUUUGUGGACUCACGCAUUCAGCCCAUCUACGGAGGAACUAAUGAGAUCAUGAAGGAGCUGAUUGCACGCAGCAUCGUUAGUCAGAAGUGAGACUCUUGGGUGUCUGAUGUAAACAAAGCGCCGGGUGAAGCGGGAUGAAACCUUUUGGAACAAAGAACCACUUCCGGACUCAGUCUGGAAUUUUCUUGUAGAUUCUGUUCUUCAGUUGAUGUAAUUUAUCUAAUUUAUAAUAAAAAAAAUUAUGAUUUUAGAUAAAAGGGAAGAAUUGUACUGUAAUCUGAUCUGUUAUUGUCUUUCUUUGUCAGAUCUGUACACAAAAUAAAUGAAUAAGGGAUUUAAAGUA